AUGCUGAAAAAGUUUAAAGCAUUUUAUAACAAAGAGAACUUUAACAGUUCAGAAGGAUUAGUAGAUCCAUAUAAAUAUCAUUGUACGUGUUAUUACAUUUUAAAAUACUUUCAAGUUUUGGAUAACGAACCUAAGCCAAUAUGGAGAGCAAGAUUUUUCGAAAACCAACUAAAGAUUUGGAAAAUGUGUAUACUAUCUGUCGUGUUUACGAGUUUCAUUGGACUCGGCGUUGUCUGCAUCACGCUACUGUGGUUACUCUGGUACGUGGUAACGCACGAGCCAGGGGACGAGACUAGUCGACCACUUCUAUUUCCCUUUUGGUACCACGAUAUCGACUUCGGCAAGACACCGUACUACGAAGUGGCAUUUGUAUUCUCCAACUUCUGUUCUUUGGCGUACGCUUAUAGCUACAUAUUUAUGAUCCAAACACAAAUAUUUUGGGUGGGACAAAUAACAACUAAAGCGGAUCUGAUUAUAUGGUACAUUGAAGAUCUGAUGGAAGGACUUAAGAUACCUACUAAUAAGGAUGAAACUGAACAAUUCGAGUCUCAAAUCAAAUACAGGAUGAGCAUAAUAAUACGAGAACAUCAUUCUAUGUACAGGCUUUUAAAAAAUUACACCAAAGUAUACAAAAAAUUACUUAUGUUUGAACAAAAAGCUGGUGGUCCCGUCGUCUGCUUGACCGCAUAUUGCAGUGCUGAGAAACUUAAAGAUGGAGAAAUAAAUGGCAUAACAAUGUUAUUGUGCGGUGGAACAGUAAUUGAAGUAUUUAUUCCCAGUUAUUUGAGUACAAUAAUGGGAAUGAAGUUACGAUCUGUUGGCGAGGCUUGUUUGGAUAUACCUUUUUGGAAUAUUGGAAAUAUUAUACGGCCCUAUAUUAUUUUAAUGAUGCAAAGAUCGCAACGGCCAUUACAACUUAAUGCUCCGGGAUUCGAAGAUGUCUCUGUUCAGACGUUUUCUAAUAAAAUGGCAUCAGCAUAUUCUUUUUUUAAUAUGUUAAGACAAGCUAAUAUUUAG